GGCAGAUAUUUUGGUGUCCGUUGGAAUCUAAUGGCAGUCGUCUUCCGCCACUCCUCGCUGCUCUCCCCCGUCGCCGCCGCCGCCGCCGUCGCCGUCGCCGUCGCCUUCUCGGUUCCCGCCUCCUCGCUCUUCCUUCGCUCGGUCCGCAGCUUCUUCUCCCUCUCGAUCGCCGUCGCCGGCGUCCUCGAUGGAAGCUGCGGACAAGUUCAUGGAGUUCCCCCACGUGUCGGCCCCGCACCGGAGCCUGAUGAUCGGCCUCGUGUCGGCGGUGGAGGAGCGGCUGGGGCCUCAGCUGCUCCCCUGCGCUCUCCCGCACGACGUCCGGUACUACCAGAACGACGCCGGCUCGGCCCGGGGAUCCCUCCACGUGAGGCGCGGCCAGGGUUCAUCCAAGGUUGAUUUCUUGUUAGGAAGUUGGCUAAACUGUCAGCUUCCAACUGGAGGAUCGCUGAACAUAACCAGCCUUUCGGCCUACCUCAACAAUUCAACCGAUGCUCCGAAUUUUCUGUUUGAGCUCAUACGGAGCAGCCCAACAUCAUUGGUCCUAAUCCUUGAUUUACCACCACGCAAGGACCUCGUAACUUCCCCUGACUACCUUUCGACAUUCUACGAGGAAACCCAGUUGGAGUCCCGCAGGCAAGCGCUCGAGAAGCUUCCAGAGGCUCAGCCUUAUUUCUCCUCAUCCCUUUACAUACGCUGCGUGGUCUCUCCCACAGCUAUCAUGCUUCGCAUAGAGAGUGAGGCAGGUAAAGCGGAACGCUUGGACGAGAUUAUUGAGAGUCACGUCUCUCCUGUUGCCAGAGAGGUCCUGGGAAUAUGGCUGGACAAGUGUGCCGCUGUGGAUAGAAAUGUGGACGAGGAGGACGGAGCGUACUUAGAGAGAAGGGACGGGAUAACUAAGAGGAAAACUAUCGAGAUCGAUCUCGGGUCCAGCUUUCCGAGGUUGUUUGGGCCAGAAAUAGCUAACAGAGUAUUGGAUGUGCUGAGAGAGGUUUAUGGUGUAUGAACUGACGAGCCAUGGGACCAGUGUAGAAAUUGUCUCUCCUUCACCUUUUCAUGGGGGAGCUUCUGUAAGAGCCACUCUUAUGUACUCAUUUCUCAAAUUAGUGGUGAAGUUCGCCUGUCAUUAUAAGAGUAGACCAUUUCAGAGUUUUCGCCCUUUAUUGAAUGCAGGAUUGAGCCUGAAGGGAAUGAAGGCCACAAAGGCUCACUAGUCUUGCGAACUGUGUUCAGCACGGACAGAGCCGACUAGGCCAGCAUUCUCGAGGAAACCAGGAUUGAUGAACAGGAUUAAGGUUGUGUACAUUCACGAGGCUCUCAUGGACAGCAUCCGAAGCAUUGUUUGUAUCACAUGAAUGUUCAGACUGUUGUGUAAAGUAAGAUGACGUAUAUGGUGAGAAUGUAUCCAAUGUUUCGACGAUGUUCAAUUCAACUGAAUUGCCGACUCGUCCUACGAGCUGUUUGAAUAUAACUGUGUACCCUUA